AUGAGGUUUCUAAUGUCUUCUUCAGAUCAACUUGAAAGUGAAAUGAAGAGAUUUGCUAAUUGGAUACUUGAUGUUGAAAAUGAAAAUAUUGGUUCUGUUAUUGGUGAUGAGUCAGAAGUUGAAAUUUCAGAUGAUCUAUUGAUUACAGUUACUGAUGACCCUCUCUCUCAUUUGGUAGUCUUUACAUAUCCAAAUUUGUUACCAAACAUGUCAGAUUACGGGUAUUUUCAGAAUAGGACAUUCUUGCACCCACGCUUGAGAGUGUCGAGAAGACUUGAGAUGAAAUGUGUAACAGGGAGUACAAUAUCAUAUGUCAAUUGCUUUUCUAAUGAGAUUAGUAAGAUACUAGGUUAUCGGUAA